GAUUACCGUCGUGAGCAGUACUGAUAGCAGCGUAGCUUUUCCGAGUUAGCUUCAGUUCUUUUUCCACCUUAAGCCGAGUGUGCUUUUAAAUUCAAAAAUGGCUCGUUGGUGUUGCAUAAAAGGCUGUUCGAGUAAAACAGGACACUUUGGCAUAAAGUUUUUCAGGUUUCCCAUCUAUAGAAAAGACCGUGGACAGCAAAUGGAAGAUCUAAGCAGGAGACGCAGGUUGGCCUGGGUUGCAGCUGUCAGGCGCAAGGAGAUCACAUUCAAUCAGAUAUCAGCGAACAUGCGUGUUUGUUCACUGCAUUUUCAUAAAGGUCAGUCAGCUUAUGAGAUGAUGGAAAGUGAUGCGGACUGGGCUCCAUCUCUACGUCUGGGUCACACUGACGUUAAACCGACUGACGCAGCACGCUAUGCAAGACGACGUAAACGAGACCAGCAACGUAACAGCACAUCACAGGAAGCUGAGUUAGUGGCGCAGCAGGAUGAAGACGUUUGUGGCCAUCAUGUCCUGGAGGAGGCUGAUCUGUUUGCUGAGGUGCAGCUGGAAUGCGUUUCAGAUCCGACUGAUGAAUCUGAACAGAUUGCUGAACAGGGGACUGUCAUCCCUGAAUGUGAAGCAUGUGCCCUUAAGUCGGCAGAAAUAAAUAGACUCAGAGAAGAAAAUGGAGAACUGAGGCAGCAGGUGAACAGAGUUAAGUUCAGUGAUGGCUUUUUUUCCGAAGAUGACAAUGAUAAAGUAAGACAUUAUACAGGACUGCCUAAUCUUCAAACCUUCAAGCAAAUACUGUCACUGCUGGUUUCUGUCACAAACCCCAAAAAGACACUUCUCACACCAUAUCAAAUGCUGCUUCUGACAUGCGACCAUGUCAUCUUUGCUCUCAGGACACCGGCAAAUGCACCACACAAUAUAGCCCCAGAAGAAUUUAGGAUUGCCCAAGGCUUGAGUGGUGCUUCUCGCAAGCGUUGGGAGUGCAUCACCUAA